GAAAUAUCCUAAGCGAGAAGUUGUUCUGUUUAGUUUCGAAAGAUUCUUAUUCUUCACCUGAAAACAACUUCGACAAAUUACUUAAUCAAAAUGUGGAAAUAUUUUUCUCGCUUAAAAUUCAAAGAAUAAUAAUACUGUCUGUGUGAUGUGUGAGUGCUCGUACAAUGUAUCAUUAAAAUCGAGAAUAAGUGCAAUAACAAAAGCGUUGCACUCUACUCGAAUGAACAAUCAAAAUAUUCGAUUGAAAUAGUGUUGUGUGAUUUUGAGUUUCACAUAUUUUUCAUAAAUGGUGGAUUACAAUAAUUACAAAAUGUCGGCGAGCGAGGAGGAUUUUGAUCAACAAUCACAGCAAGGAAUGACCAAAGCAGAACUUAGAAGGAACAACAAACCGAUCAUGGAAAAACGAAGACGAGCACGAAUAAAUCAAUGCCUGGACGAAUUAAAAAAUCUUAUUCUCGAAGCGUUAAAAAAAGAUCCGACGAGACACUCAAAGAUCGAGAAAGCCGAUAUUCUCGAGAUGACCGUGAAACACUUACAAACCGUACAGCGUCAGCAAUUGAAUACUGCAGUAGCAACGGACCCAGCAGUACUAACGAAAUUCCGUUCCGGAUUUUCCGAAUGUGCUAUGGAAGUAUCGCGGUACGUCAGCAACCUAGAGAACGUCGAUCCUGGUGUGAAACAGCGUCUGCUAUCGCACCUGAACAAUUACGUUAGUAAUCUCCAGCAAAUGGGACCGUUCUACAGCCAUUACGUGCCCUACAUGCCGGAACGUCUCUACCCGGAGGUAAAGGUCGGCUACCACAGCGAUCUAGCCAAUGGAGAUGAGAAUAAUAAUGCUAGUGCACGGAUACAGAUACCUAACGGUGUUCAGUUGAUACCUAGUAGACUUCCGACAGGAGAGUUAGCACUGUUAGUUCCCCAAUCAGCAGCAAUGUCUACAAACUUUUCAUUUUUCCCACCUAUACCUGAAUCAAUAUCUAGGACGAUAGCAUCGUCUGCUUUUUCAUCGGUACAAAGAGCACGCAGUCCACUGGAAAGUCCGUCAACGUCUACGUCUAGCUUCGGUGAAGAAAAUCCUCAAAUGGAAUGUUACCAGCAAACACAUCAAAACACGAAAUUCAAGGCCCCCGAACAAAGUUCCAGCAGCGGUAAAAGUUUUACCAGUUCACCGGAAACGCAAAAAUUUCAGAUCACUUCAACCAGCGACAGAAAAUCACCUUUGUUAUCGACGUCAAUUGAUAUUAGACCAGGAAUUCAUGAUAACAGAAGGAAAGAACAACAGAUUCGUAGUUUUACCGAACAGGUGGAUUCUAUCGCUACGAUGAGUAAUUUACGACAACCACUUUCAGUUAUCACCGAUAGGGCAUACAAUCGUCCGUGUUCAUCUCUAAGCAGCAACGAUCUCAAAAGAACCGCUUCCAAUAGGCUAUUAAUAAUUCCUGAAAAAAGACAAAAAAUAGAUGACGAAACGUCGUCUUCAUUCGUAUCAUCUAACGAAAAGAAAAAUGUAAAUGGUCAUGGUGUUACCACAGAGGAUCAAACAAUAAACUCAUCAUCCUCGACUAGUUUUAAUACAAAUCGUUCUAAUACCAAUACCUCACAUGUUUUUUCGAAUUCUGCUGGUCCAUCCUCAUCGAAUGGAGAUAUGUGGAGACCAUGGUAGUCCGAUCUCCAUCUUGAUUUGAAAUAGAUUGAAUUGAAAUGUAUUUUUUUGUGAUUUUUUUUUUUAUUCUCCUUCAACAAAAUGACGUAUCAAAAUCUUACAUUAUCAUCGAUCGUAUUAUCCAAGAUUAGUAUUUAUAAUUGAUCUAUAAAUUCAAAUGGGUUAACCCAUAACGGUAGUAAGUUAUCUUUUACGUGACAACAGUACUUUGUUGCUACGAUCGUAUGUAAUGUGGGGAUGACAAGACAGAUCCUGUCAAAAUUCAUUGUCUGUGGGCACAGAAAAUAUGGGCACAAUUGUCUUGUCAAUUAAGCAUCAGAAACAAAGCAAUUAAUAUCUCCAGUAAUAUAUCAAUACCUUUCGUAGUCAAUUUUCAAUUAAUUUAAUCCGAACAAUAAAUAAAGAAAAUUUUAUAAUUUUCGAUAGUGAUAAUGGCAUCAAAUGUUUCAAAAAUUAUUCUCAAAGUGAUUUUAAUUCUAGUGAUGAGACUAGUAAUCACAUCUUAUUACAUUCUAAAAAAAGAAAAGUUAUACUUAUAAAAUAUUACUUCAUUUCGAGCAAAAUAACAAUAUACUUUUGUGAAACGUGCAACAGAAAAGCAUUCCUUCAUGUUGUAAAUUGUUUCAAAAAAUAUCGUACAUUAAGAACUUAUAAAUAAUUAUUUAAAAUUCAUAUAUUUUCGUGUGACACUUUUUUACAAAAAUAAUUUUUAACAUAAACGUUAUAAUAAUACUGAAAACUUUUUCGAAUAUCUAUCGAAACCAGCUGCAAAUUAAGGAAAAUCGUGUAUAAAAAGUUAACGAUCGAUAAGGGUUAAUUAUAUGUUUUAUUUAUAUUUUUAUUUACGUUAUAUGAGAGAAUUGCGAUUUUAUUUAUUAUUUAAAAUUAGUUCUUUUCUUUUCCUUAUUACUAAAAUUCUUUACCUCGUAAUACAUAUAAAAAAAAAAAACAAAAGAGACAAAAUUUUUAUUACUAUUUUAUCAUUAUAAUAGAACAAUAAUUUAUUUCGAUUUUGUGCCAAAAAAAAGACGAAAGGUUAUUAUUUCUUUCUUUUUUUGUGUGUGUGAACACACAUGAGAAAUCAAACAAAUACUUUUCAUGAGGAUUUUAUAAAUAUCAAAGUUGCCAUUCAAUUGUUAAAUCGACAACCUACAUUAUAAGACUUAAGAGUCACUUAAUUCAUAUUAACAAUAAGCCUCGCUCGUGUACAAUUCUGUAAAUAGUUAACAAUUUAAUUUAACUUAAUCAUUAAUUUAGGAUUAACGAACGAUGAUUGAAAUAAAUCAUAAAUGUUUCUCGUUAUAAGCGUAUAUAGAAUUAAGAGUUUUGUGAUACGUGUAGCAUAAUAUUGAAAUAAACUAUUUGUAGAGAGUUG